UUCCAGGUAGCCACAGGCCCAGCUGCGGGAGAUGGCGGGCUGCACUCGCCCGGAGGCGGAGGCGGGGCGGGCAGGGGGCGUUACUGCGGCCCGUGAUGUCACUGUCGCGGCGGACCCCGGCGAUCCCCGGCCAGCUGUGUGGCAGGGCCCGAUCGUAGCGGGCAGCUCGCUCCUGAGUCAUGGACUUCCCCUGGCCCCUCCUCGACCACUCCCACUCCCUCUCAGGGCCCACCCGUAGGGGCUAAGGCGGGCGCGGCGAUUCCGAGGGGGUGGGGCUGCUGGGAAUGGCUGUGCCCCCUUCGGCUUCAGUGCCGCGCUCGCCCUUUUACCUGCCGAGGCAGGCGCCUUGCCCGCAGUGCUCAUGGGGCAUGGAGGAGAAGGCGGCGGCCAGCGCCAGCUGCUGGGAGCCUGCAGGGCCCCCGAGGGCCGCCGUCCCGUGCUUCGGCGUCACGGUGGAUCAGGACGACAUCCUCCCCGGUGCCCUGCGCCUCAUCCGGGAGCUGCGGCCGCACUGGAAGCCCGAGCAAGUUCGGACCAAGCGCUUCAAAGAUGGCAUCACCAAUAAGCUACUGGCCUGCUAUGUGGAGGAGGACAUGCGGGAGUGUGUACUGGUCCGGGUGUAUGGGGAGCGGACAGAGUUGCUGGUGGACCGGGAAAAUGAGGUCAGGAACUUCCAGCUGCUUCGAGCACAUGGCUGUGCCCCCAAACUCUACUGCACCUUUCAGAACGGGCUGUGCUAUGAGUACAUGCAGGGUGUGGCCCUGGGACCGGAGCACAUCAGAGAACCUCAGCUCUUCAGGUUAAUCGCCUUAGAAAUGGCAAAGAUCCACACCAUCCACACCAAUGGCAGCCUGCCUCAGCCCACCCUGUGGCAUAAGAUGCACCGUUAUUUCACGCUGGUCAAGGAUGAGAUCAACCCCAGCCUUUCUGCAGAUGUCCCUAAAGUGGAGGUGUUGGAACAGGAGCUGGCCUGGCUCAAGGAACACCUGUCCCAAUUGGGGUCCCCUGUGGUGUUCUGUCACAAUGAUCUGCUCUGCAAGAAUAUCAUCUAUGACAGCACUAAAGGCUGUGUGCGGUUCAUCGACUAUGAAUACGCAGGGUACAACUACCAGGCUUUUGACAUUGGCAACCAUUUCAAUGAGUUUGCAGGUGUGAAUGAUGUUGAUUACUGCCGGUAUCCAGCUCGGGAGCUCCAGCUGCAGUGGCUGCGCUAUUAUCUGGAGGCACAAAAGGGGACAGCUGCGACCCCCAGAGAGGUGGAGCGGCUCUAUAUACAAGUCAACAAAUUUGCUCUGGUCUCGCAUUUCUUCUGGGCACUCUGGGCACUCAUACAGAACCAGUACUCCUCCAUCAGUUUCGACUUCCUCAGGUAUGCAGUGAUCCGAUUCAACCAGUACUUCAAGGUGAAGCCUCAGAUGUUGGCCUUGGAGAUGCCAAAGUGACCCAGCCUCCUGCUCCUCUAUGUCCUCCUGCUGCCGGACCUGCUCGCCAGGGCACCCGUGGGUCAGGUGCGCAAUCAU